CCUUUAGCAGUACAAUGCCAAGAAUAGUCACGUUGAUGACGCAUGGCGGUGCAUUGUGAUCGGUGGGCGCCAACUUCAAGCCCUGGUACCGGUGCACACUGCCUGUCUCUACUUAAAACUCCUUUGGUGUUCAUUCGUCCCAGCCAACAUACUCAGCCCAUAUCAUGGCAUCCUACCGUACAUGCUCUCCUGCACCAGCAGAUAUAAUAACCUAUCGUUUUCGUACAAAUUUGGUCUAUGUGAAGCCAGAACUAGACUACGAGGUCGCUCUAGAUGUUGCCCAAAAAGAAUUUGCCCAACUUGUUGAGGUCGAUCGGCACCGAAUAGUGUUCACAACACAAGCCACUGUUGCUGGCAUACGCACGUCUGUGCGCAUUUCCGCCAGUGCCUGGGCAUCUACGGUAUCGCGGAUGCUUCGCGGAGAAGUCAUCGAUGUUGAGAUUGCCGAGGCCAAAAAGGAGGACGAGCCUCCACAGUAUCUUGAGGUCCCUGAGGCCAAGGAAGACUACGCGAGAUGCUAUCGCUCUGCCCCUUCUUCCCGAUCUAAUUCCCGUACUCGCCAAUCAUCCCCUACACCGUCACUCAACAGUGGAGAAAAAUCACGACGAACAUGGUUUACUAGACAUUUUUGAACAUUUCGUGGUACAGAAACUUCGACUCCUUUUAAAUAAUACCCUAUACAUAUACCCCUGUAAAAUACGUUCACUGUAUCCUUACGUAUAGUAUGUUCGCCAAGUGCUUAUUUGUAGCUACCAACUUAUUGACGUUACAACGUUCAACAUCAAUCAGCUCCAAUAUUUCAAUAAUCAAGCCACAGUCAAGCCACUCAGGUGCGACUGUGUCUCAACAAUGCCUUGCUUCUGAAAGUCGCGUUGUAUUGCAA